AUGUUGCCCUCAUCUGUGCGCACCGCUUUGGACCUCCAGAAGGCCCUGAGCAUGGCACCCUUUCGCCUCCAGCAAAUUGGAGAUUGCAAGACAAGGGUGCAUCUCUUCGAGGAGAGGUACACAUACGUUGACGAGGAUGACAGCUACCGCGACAUGGAUGAGAAUGAGGAUGAGAGGGCUAGUACCCAGCCUAAAAAAGUAUCUGGUCCUAACGAGUCGUGCAUCAAAGAACUUUGCGAGAUUUACAAGGAACACGGCUCAGAUAGCUGGAGCGACACCUUGGACGCCUCCUUCAAGCUCACCGUCACACGUCCUGGGUGCGAAUUCUCCGGAGAGCUUGUCCCAAAGUCAGAAGAAGAGGAUAAGGAGGCGAUCGCGGAUCGUCUGAAGAAGUGGUACGAGCAUGGCGAGAACGUCCGAGAUGCGCGCGAGAUUCUCGCCUCCGAAUUCACCGUCUCAGACGGCCUCGUCGAAGAAAUUAAGAAGCACUGGGGCGAGCACUUCAUUCCCAGUGCGGUGCGCGUCGAGCCAUACAAGAUUCACAUCUAUGGCCCGGGCGGGAUGUUUCAAUUUCACAGAGACACACCCGAGAGGGAUCUUGUUUAG